AAUGCAAUUUAUUCAGCCGGUGUACUUAAAGCAGUGAUUGAGUGAAAUUGUUACAUAUUUGUUUAAUUAAUUAUAAAACAAAACAAAAACAUAGGUAUACAUAGUGAAUUUGCAAUUAUCUUAAUUAUAUAAACAAUCUAUUUCUAAUCUUAAAAACAGUUUAGUGUGUUCAGAACUAGCAACCAUAAACAUACUUGCAGUUUAAUUUGCGCAAUUGAGAUUACAACUUUCAGGUUAAACAAAAUAUUGAAAACUAAUUUAGUUUAGUCUUUGUUAAUUCGUUUAUUGAGAAGAUGCCAAGCGCUUUACGUUGGGGUAUUGCAUCGGCUGGCAAAAUAAGCCAUGAUUUUUGUGUUGCUUUAAGUACUUUGCCAUUUGAUGAACAUCAAAUUUUUGCUGUAGCUGCCCGAGAUCAAAAACGUGCCCAAGAGUUCGCCAAAAAACAUGAGAUUACUAAAGCAUUUGGCUCCUAUACAGAGUUGGCUGAAUGUGAGGAUGUGGACAUUGUUUACGUGGGCUCUCUCAAUCCCCAACAUUAUGAAAUCACUAUGUUGAUGCUGGAGCACGGUAAACAUGUUUUGUGUGAAAAACCUUUGUGCAUUAAUCGCAAACAAGCCAAAAAAGUCAUACAAUAUGCCGAAAUGAAGAAACUAUUUCUAAUGGAAGGCGUUUGGUCAAGAUUCUUCCCGUCCUACCAGUAUUUGCGCAAACAAAUUGAUUCGGGUGUGUUGGGAGAAAUUCAAGAAGUAAAUGUGGAAUUUGGUUUUCCCUUAAGCGAAGUGGACCGUUUGCAAAAACGUGAUUUGGGAGGUGGCACUUGUUUAGAUUUGGGUAUUUAUACCAUACAAGUUUCCCAGUGGGCCUUCCAGGAGCCACCACAAGAAAUCAAAGCACAAGGUACUUUAAAUGCUGAAGGCGUAGAUGUAGAAGUCAAAGCUGUAUUACAUUAUCCCGGCAAACGCACAUCGAAAAUGCAUUUUAGUGCCAAUAGUGAAUUGGCCAAUAAUGCUGUUAUAAAGGGCUCAAAGGGUCAGAUAACACUUAAACAAUUUUGGUGUCCCACCAAAAUCAUUGAUAUCGAUGGCCAGGAAAAGGAAUGGGUUUUGCCCAAAGGUAAAUAUCCCACCAAUUUCGUUAACUCGGAAGGCUUGCGCUAUGAAGCCGAGGCAGCUAGACAAUGUGUUUUGGAGGGAAAACUACAGCAUGAUCACGUCAGCCACAAUGACAGUUUAUUAUUUGCCCAAAUUGAAGAUGAAAUUCGUGCACAAAUUGGUGUCGUCUAUCCUGAAGAUAAAUAAUGGUUUCAUUUUUGUAAACAUCUUUUUGAGGCUGCUUAAACUUUGUUAAAUUUGUAUUUUUAAUCCAUUUUUUUGUAUUUUAAAUAAAGACAUAAUAUACAUAUGGAAAAUACCACAAA